AUGUCGACCAAGGCCGCCGGCACAGCCCGACACGACCGCAAUGUUGGCGACGUUGCGGCCGCCUCCGAAGUGUCACGCCUGCUCGCUGAAGACAAGACUCCCUGGCACCAAAAGAGAAAUCUCAGGAGACUCUAUGGCCUAUUGGUACCCGCAGGUCUAGGUGUUGAAAUCACUACAGGUUUCGAUGGGAGUGUUCUGAAUGGUCUCCAGGCCAUUGACAAGUGGCAGUCGCACUUUGGCUAUCCUGAGAAAGCGACUCUAGGCCUUAUAUCGGCAUCGAUGGCCAUCGGCUCAGUUGCAGCAGUGCCUAUCAUACCCUACUUGAAUGAUCGUUGGGGUCGAAAGAUGAGCGUAAUCCUCGGCUCCAUCAUUGUCACCAUUGGGGUUAUUAUUCAAACUGCGUCUCUCAAUAUCGGGAUGCUUAUCGCAUCACGGGUUAUCAUGGGAUUCGGUUUGACGAUUUGCCUAUCGGGAGCGGCUCAGCUUCUGACCGAAUUGUGUUAUCCCAAGGAACGUGCAGUCAUUAUAGGCUGCUUCCAAGUCUCGUGGUAUGUUGGCUCAAUCCUAGCGGCAGGCCUAACACUCGGCACUUAUAACUGGACGACGGACUGGAGCUGGCGCCUCCCGACAAUUUUCCAAAUUGUGCCGUCACUACUGCAAUUGGGCUUCGUAUGGUUCGUACCAGAAUCCCCUCGCUGGCUCAUCUCCCGAGACCGCCACGAAGAAGCUCUAGCUAUCUUGGUCGAAUUCCAUGGCGAGGGCGACCCCGAUUCAGCGUUUGUUGCCGCCGAAUUCCGUCAAAUCAGCGAAACACUGCGACUUGAGAAGGAGGCGUCUACACGUCCCUGGCGCGAGCUUUUCACGACUCGAACCAAUCUUCGUCGUGUGGCAGUUGCCCUUUGCGUUGGACUUUUCUCCCAAUGGGCUGGAAACGGACUUGUUAGCUACUACCUGGCUAAGGUUCUAGCAACCGUUGGAAUCACCAGUCGCCUGCGUCAGCAACAGAUCAACCUCUCACUUAGCUGCUGGAACCUCCUUACCGGAGCUGCAGCUGCCAAUUUCGGCACAGGCUUGUUCCCCCGCCGCACGCAACUCCUUAUUGGCUUUGGCUCGAUGUGUGCUGUAUUUGCUUGCUGGACAGGAGCAUCUGCCGUCUUUGCUGGAGAUGAAACCAAUAACUCUGCUGCAAUUGCAGUCGUGGCAUUGAUCUUUAUCUACUAUGCCUUUUACAACCUGAUGAUGCCUCUACAAUAUCUCUAUAUUUCUGAGGUGUUCCCAUUCAUCCAUCGGGCUAAGGGUAUUGCAAUUAUGCAGUUGGCGAACAAGGGUGGUACUGGCUUUAACCAAUUUGUGAACCCAAUUGGUCUUGAUAACCUCAAGUGGCGAUACUAUCUAGUGUAUGUCAUUCUGCUGGGAGUCGAGACUUUCACGAUCUGGCUGAUCUAUCCCGAAACGAAAGGUGUUUCACUCGAGGAAGUUGCUGUGGUUAUGGAAGGAGAGGGGGCAAACGUGGAGAUGGUGGAAAAUGACAAAAUGGAGGUGUUGCGUGAGGAAAGGGAGAGGGUCUGA